UUCACGUCGCGGAGUAUAAAACAACCCAACCAGUCACUCUCGAGAGCACAGACUCAGAGAGAGAGAGAGAGAGAGAGAGGGAGAGAGAGAGACAGAGAGAGUACGGAAGUUCAUCCAUGGACGACGAGGAAUUGGAGCCGCUCUUCGAUUACCACCGCGUGCAACCUUACAAUGCCAUUUUCCUUGACGAUGAUAGUCCAGAUUCAUCGCCAGUAGCUAAUGCGAAAAAGCGGAAAAUUGACACUUCUGUUGAUGAAGAGAAACAGGACAAUAAAGAUGUAAUUCAAGUAAUAGAUUGUGAGGAAAAAGAAGAGGAAGAUUGGCUGAAGCUACCGACAAAGAUUUCAGCUGAUACUGUAAAGAUGCGCGAGAAUUCAACCAUAAGGGAAAUAAGGUUAAAAAAGCAGGAGCUAGCAUCCCUUGCUGAAUCUGCAAAGGAUGUGCUACGAGAUGUUGAGGAUUCUGUAAAAAGAGAUCUUAGCACUUCAUUGCAAUCGAGUGAAGGAAGUGUUGCAGUGCAGCAGACAAAACCUUGCAGUGAAAGGGCUAAAAUAAUUAUUUGUUUUCAGGACAAGGAUGGCGCCAAACAAUUCCUUGUUUUCAUGGAUGAUAAAUUUGAGCGACUUUUCAAACUGUAUGCUGACAAAGCUAAGCUUAAUUUACAAAACUUAAUUUUCCGUUUCGAUGGGGACAGAAUUAGUCCCACAGAAACUCCUCAUAGCCUUGGGAUGGAGGACAACGACAUUGUUGAAGUGCAUGUUAAACCAAGCUGAUUCAGGUUUUCCUUUUGUGCUCUAGAUGAUUCGCUUUUUGGUGUCCUUGAAGAUUUUUUUUUGCGUGUUCCAUUGGUCUUUAUAUAAAUUUAGUGUUGCAAUUGUAUAGUAAAUACUGUUUUUGGAAACAUAGAAUGCAACCUUUGAAAACAUCCUCAUUGUUAGAACUUAGGUUACUUGGUUUGCUGAUGAUGGUAUAAUCUCUUAUCCUUUGCCUUUCAUGGUGACCACUAAGUGCAUCAUAUAUAUAUUCACGUCUUAUCUAUCUGUCAAGUGGUAGUAUACCAAUACCCUUUGGGUUUAUUGGGCAUUAUUAGUAAGUGGAACAUUUUGUCGGUGGUGCAGAAAAUUGUAUUGCUGUUGUAGAUCAAAAUUACUGAAACAGAAUGUUUUUUUUCCUGAGUA